AUGGAAAAUACUGAAGUAUCAUCCAUACAAAAUGAUGAAACAACACCAGUUAUUGAAACAGUAACUGAAGAAACAUCAAAAACUAUUGAUGAACAACCAGCAAUAAAUGAAGAUACAUCAAAAACUGAUGUUGAACCAACAAUAUCCGAAGAUACGGCAAUAACUAAUAAUGAACAAAUGCCAACUGAAGAUACAACAAAAUCUAAUGAUGAACAAUCAUCAAUAACUACAACGGAAGAAACAGCACCAAUAUUAGAAAAUAAAGAAGAAGAAGAAGAAGAAGUUGCAGUAGCACCAACAACAAUUGAAGAAGAAAAAACAACAUCAAUUGAUGAACAAGAAAAUGUUACUGAUUCAAAUUCAACUGUAUCAACAGCAAGUAUUUCACCAAAUCGUAUAAAUAUACCAUUAAAAGAAGUAAAUGAAAGUGAAAAAGAAGAAUCAAUUAUUUUAACAAAUGGUGCAGAUAAUACAAUGGGUAAAAAACGUGAACUUGAACAAGAAGAUGAAAAAUUAGAUGCAACUAAUGGUGAUGAUGAACGUACUGGUGAUCAAUCAAAAAAAAUAAAAAUAAGUGAAGUAACUGAUACACCUAUUAUGGAAUCAAAUGAAACAGAAAAUAUGAUUAUGAAUGGUACCACUGCUGUUGAAGUUUGA